UAGCAACAGGUAACUAAGUACCAUAGGCACUGCUAGCAUUCACCAUGGACAGUAGCUUAUUGAUCUGAACAGGGCAGAACUGUUUUAAUUUCUAUUGAUGAAUUUCCCUCUUUUGACUGCACGUCUCACACCUGCUACCAGGGAAUUGGCAAGUACUUUUCUGAUAGUGAUUUUUACUGUUUGUUACUAUCACACCAUUGGUAUUAUACCACAAUGGAUCUCUACACUCAUCUACAGUGUACUGUCAAUCAUGUGAGCUGAGCUUGACGCAAUAUGGUGAUGUACAUCCUGUGGUCUGCAUUUGCAUGGACAUUAAAGGGUGUCUUGUAUACCUGCAGGUUCCUUUGGGUGAGCCCUUACUAUGCAAUCAAAUGCCCGGCAAAGGAACCCUGCAAAGGGUGUGAGAAGAGAGAGGUACCGGGAGGCCAUGAGCGCAGCAGUGCCAUACUUAAAAGACUGUCCAAAGCAGAGAAGGACAUCCAAGCCCUAAAGGUUCAGCUUGCCAGUGAGAGGGCAUUGUGGGAGAAGAAGUUCUCAGAGCUGCAGAAGAAACAGCAGGAUCUGCGUAAGCAGCUGAUCUCAGAGACUUUAGCCAGGACUGGGGUCUUCGUCAGGGAGGGUGGCUUGGAUGACCAAGACGGAUUUGAGGAGAAUGGCUCGAAUGAAAAGGACCACGACACCGCAAGUAGCAUAAGGCACUCGUACCAGCAUGAAGGGUCAGAUGUGAGGUCAUCAAGAAGGGACACGGGACAAAGCAGCUCGUCAGGCAGCCAACUUUCCUUAUCAGCAUUUGGCUCCAGACCCACUUCUGGUCUUUCAUCAGCCACUAGUGCUGGUUCCUGGAGGAGCUCUAUGGGUCCACAUCGGGUCUUUGUUCCUCACUCACCUCUGGACUUGCAGUUGGGUCUCCGGGUCCGCGUCCUGCUGGCUUCUGGCAGAAUCAGCACCGGGACUAUCCGUUACCUGGGCAACCUGCAGGGGGAGCCAGACUUCCACCUGGGGGUCGAGCUGGAGAUAGCUGAGCACGGCCUGCUGGACGGCACUCAUGCAGGACACAGCUACUUUGAAUGCAAGCCUGGACAAGGGGCAUUCGUACCAUUCAACAAACUGCUCAUGGCCUGGGAAUGAUGACAUCAGACAUAUACUCUACUUGAGCAGCACAUCUCGAUGUAGCGGCUGUUGACUUCGAGACAUCCAGCUGAAACUUUACAUGAAGCAAGAGCUUACAGGCAACUUUCCUUUUUAAAUGAGCAGAUUAAAGAGCUUCUAAAAUGAAAUUUGGUCAGCAUGUCAAGUGUAACUACCGAGUGUAUAUCUAACAAAUACAAAUAUAGUAUGUAUGUUGAUCAGCACAGUGUAUGCAUGAAAUAUAUCAUGAGACUGUUCAUAUCAUUUUUUAAGAUAAGUUAUUAAACUGCUAUUGAAAUGA